UCCGAGUAUGCGCUAUACACAACAGCCGCAGAGCAGUAUCGACAAACGUUCACAUUACAUUUAGACGUAAUAACUAUAGUGUCACUUCUCUUCAUAUAUUUUACUAAUUAAACCAUUCAAAAUUUUAAAAUUUCCUUGUUUUGUAGUUUAAGUGUUAAGUGUAUUUAAUGUUUAAAUAAUAAUGUAUAGUGCCGCCGCUACCAAAAACGAAUUUUAAAUCAAUUACGUAAUGGGAAUUAUGCUAGAGAAGUUUGUAGUAUUGCCCUGAAAUUCAACAUGGCCGCUGACACAGGAAUGGAUACUUGCCCUAGUCCGGAAAUCACGGACUCUAGAAAACGACCCCUGGAUGGCGAUUCAGAAAAUGGGGAUGUCAAGAGGUCACAUUUUAGCUCGGUUCAAGACUUGGUGACGGCCUUGCCACUGGCUAACGGCCAUGGCAAUAUAACGUCUCAUUUCGCGGUGGAGCCGACGUACCACUUCAAGGUGCUGGUGCCGUCGAUGGUGGCCGGCGCCAUCAUCGGCAAGGGUGGUGAGACCAUAGCGCAACUGCAGAAGGACACGGGGGCCAGGGUCAAGAUGUCCAAAUCGCAUGAUUUCUAUCCAGGUACUACAGAACGAGCGUGUCUCAUAACGGGGUCGGUGGAAGGCAUCAUGGUGGUGCUAGACUUCAUCAUGGAAAAGAUCAAAGAGAAACCGGAGCUGGUGAAACCCUUCCCGGAGGGCGUGGAUGCCAAGAUGCCGCAGGAUAGAGACAAGCAGGUGAAGAUCUUGGUGCCGAACUCCACAGCUGGUAUGAUAAUAGGAAAGGGGGGCAACUACAUUAAACAAAUCAAGGAACAGAGCGGCAGCUACGUACAGAUAUCUCAGAAGGCGAAGGAACUGUCUCUCCAGGAGCGCUGCAUCACUGUUGUCGGUGAGAAGGAGAACAACAAGAAGGCCUGCCUGAUGAUCCUUCAGAAGGUGGUGGACGACCCUCAGUCCGGGUCCUGUCCCAACGUGUCGUACGCGGACGUGGCUGGGCCGGUCGCCAACUACAACCCCACCGGCUCGCCGUACGCCGUGCCCACCACUGAGGUGACAGAGAGUCACGCUCUGGUGGGUGGCGGGUCUGUGGGCGGCGUGGGCGGUGCUGGCGCGCUAGGCGGCGUGGGCGGUGUGGGCGGCGUGCUCGUGAACGGUUCCGGUCUGGGCUCGCUGUCCCUGUCUCUGUCGCUGGCGCCGCCCGGCACCCCGCCGCCGUCCCCGCUCACACAGCACACGCUCGACCACAUUAAGGCGGCGCUGCGUCAGGCGGGCUACUCGGAGGCCGGGCUGAGCGAGAUCGGCGCGGCGCUGGCUCUGCUGGUGAAGCACGGCGUGCUGGGCCUGGCGCUGCCGGCCGCCCUGCCCGCGCCGCUGUCCGCCGCCUACUUCCCCCUGCAGCCCAGCGACUCGCCCGCUGUCUUCGGACCGCUGGCGCAGGUCCAGCUCGGCGGCGCGCGCGGCGGCUCGUUAGAGCGUUUCGCGGAGGUUGCAUUCGAGGCGCUUCGCCCCCCAGCCGUGGCUCCCAUCUCGCUGUCGGGCGGCGUGGGGGGAGUGGGGGGCGUACCCGGCUUCCCCUCCGCCAGCCUGCUGCCGCUCUCCAAGAGCCCCACGCCCGCCGACGCGGGCGCCAAGGACUCUAAGAACGUCGAGAUCCCGGAGGUCAUCGUCGGGGCCAUCCUGGGCCCCGGCGGCCGCAGCCUGGUGGAGAUCCAGCAGAUGUCGGGUGCCAACAUCCAGAUUUCCAAAAAGGGCACGUUCGCCCCGGGCACCCGCAACCGCAUCGUGACCAUCUCGGGCACCGCCACCGCCAUCAGCAAUGCGCAUUACCUCAUCGAACAGAAGAUCCAGGAGGAGGAGCUCAAGCGCACGCGCCACAACGCGCUCUCCGGCCUCAUGCAGUAGCGCGCCGGGCUCCAGCCCCGGGCCCCCCGCCGGGCCCCCGCCAGGCCCCCGCCGGGCCCCGCCGCCCUCUAGUCAGCGUCUCCGAGCAGCUCGCCCGCCCCGCCGGCGGCCUCGUUGUUAAUGAUACGAUUGUGAUAUCUCCUGUCACGGAAAUUCCUAUUCCAUACACGUUUUUAUAUUUUUUUUAUCGUUCACCGAGCACAUGUUAUUAUUUACGAUGUUUUUUCAUUGUGAAUGUUACCAUUGAUUAGUUAUUUUUUGUUAGUUUAUUUCAAGUGUUAGAUUUUAAUGUGAAUUUAAUAAUAGAGUUGGCGUCGCCGGGUGUCGUCCGUGUGUGCGUGCGCCUGUCGGUACGAAGUACACACCACACAACACGCGCGCGCGCACUCACACGCGGACGACGUCAGCCAAGUAAUAUAUUAACCAAAGUUGGUAUUUAAUUUUUAAUUUUCUGACAUGAAAUUUUAUUUUAUAUAAAGUGCAAUGCAAUAUUAUUCGUUGAAUAUUAUUAUUAUUAUAUAUUUUUUAGUAAUGACGUCACGCGACUCGGACUCUGGUGAAAAUGUUUUUUUCAUUCCUUUUCUCGCGUUAAAGAUCUUUAUUUUUUAUACGUUUAUAAUGUCCGGCAGUCGCCGGUCUCGCGGCCGCCGUGUUAACUCGUAAGUACAAGUUUAAUAAUAAUGCAUGUCCAUAAUAGUAGAUGAAGUUAUAUGUAUAUUUUAAAAGUUUUAAAUGCAGAUUUCUAUAUAUUAUUCGAGAAGACAAUAUUAAAUAUUCUUAUUUACGGUUACGGUCUCGUAACGCGCUAGUGUCGUGUCAUCCGAGCGCGGCCGGGGGCUGCGGGGCGGCGAGGGAGCCCCGGCCCGCAGCCCCCGGCCGCGCGGUGUUCGGCCGUUGGCUUACCUCAGAAGUGCCAUUGUAGAUAGCGGCCGCCCCGCGUCGGGCGCCAGUGCGGUAGGUCUGUUCUCACUUCACGGAGCGAGGAGGCGCGGAUCUGACUCGCGAGUCCGCUCGGGUAGGAUGAAGUUCGUUCGGUCGAUCGUAUAUAUAUAUCAGUGUGGGGACCGCGCUGUGGUAUUGUUAGGUCUCCCUACGUGUGUUAUGUAGGUGACGGCAUCGUAGUUUCAUUCUAAUAGCUAGCUGUAGUCUAUAUUCAAUCUCUAAUGUAUUAUAGGUACGCUGUUUCCAGUCUCUGGUGUCUUUUCCACUCUCUCGUCUUAUUGUAAUGGGGAUAUUGUGUCAAUUAAACGGGACGUCACACGCUCGCGCCCGUCUCCCGGGAGUCCCGGGACGGACCCGUGUGGCGUCCCGCCCGAGGGCUGUGCCCGGCGCGUAUUGCCUGCCGUCGUGUCGAUUUUACUAGCUCAAUUUUAUUGGAACUAUUCUCUAUUAGUCCGUACGUGUAAGUGAAUACGUCAAUUAUAUGAAAAAAAGAUAUGACGGCGAUCAGACAGUAUGGAAAAUGUACAUACUCGAUGGAAUUAAAAUAGAAUAAUUAUGUAUUGGUAAUGUCGGCGACACAUGAAUGUGACCCAGACACGUGCUCUCCCCCACCACCUGUCCCCCCCCCAACACCCCUCACCACCACCCGGACCGUGUCCCCGGGACUCCCGUCUCGUCUUAUCUUUGUCGACUAUUGACUUGUUCUUUACAAUGUUUCUCUCACCAUUGUUAAACAUUCCAUCUCACGUUCCUCUUCUCUUCCGUCGACGUGUUGUCAAAACAUUAAAAGCUUUACGGUUCCCUCAGAUUGUUGAAUUAUUCUAGAUGCGUGACGGUGUCACCCGCCACCCGUCACCUACCACCCCCGCACGCCACCCGCCACCCGCCACCUCCCGGCUCCGGGUGUCACGUGUGCAUCGUUUCAUAUGAGGGUGGAUAUCUUCGAAGGUCACUCUCCUAGGUUACUGUUAGGGACACUGUAAAGAACAUUUCUAAGGUUAAAGUUAUAGUUAGUUAAAGAUUACUAUUAUCGAAUAUGAUGAAACAGUACAGUGGCCAGCGGCCAGCGGUCAGCGGUCAGCGGUCUGCGGUCAGCGGCCAGCGGGGUGUGUAGAUAAAUAAAUAUAAUAUACUGGAAACAAAUGUUAAUGUUGUUAUACCGAAGUUGUUACAAUAUUUGAGAGUAUAUUAUUAAUAACGAAAUAAUAUAUGUUAGUGAGGUAAUAGAAACAGAGAGAUAGCGAACGGGGAAGCGCCAUCUCCGGGGAAGGAGGCUGGUCACGACUCACUUCACUCUACUACCGGAGCGACGGCUCCUUUUAAUUUUAAUAGCUAAAUGUUGUUGAAUUUGUUGAUAGAGUGAUUUAUUACGAUAAGUACGUAGUUAGUCUAGCGGUUACUGACGAGGAAGGAGCGAGGAUCGGUCCCGUGUGUAGGAACAUGGCUGUGCGUUCAUCUCGAACUCAACAUUAGACGGCGCCGCGACUGUCGCGCGACUCGGGCUCGCCCGCCGCCCGCACGCGGCUCGGCCCCCCGACCCUGCCUGGCUCGGCUCGGCUCGAUUCGGCUCUCGGGCCCCGCCACGGCUCGCUAUCUGUAUAUAAUUGCAUAACAUUCGUUUCAUUUGUUUUCUCCUUGCUCAUUGUCAUCAAUUUAUUAAAGACUGAGGAAUCAACUCGCGCAUAUCGCCACGUCCGCGUCCCAAGCGUUAGGGAAUAUUUGUAAUAUAUUGUUUAUUGCCAUUAAAAUUUUCACUCGGUUCAUGUGGAGUCGCCAGCGGGCCGCAGCCGCGUGCGUCGCGCCGCGCCGCGUCGUGUCGCGCCGCGUCGUGUCGUGUCGGCGCCGUUCAGUCGUUGUCUCAUCAACCUUUACACAUGUUGAGAUUGAUAUGUUAAACUAAUUCUAUUGAAUUGUACCUUGUUGCGUAUUAUAAGUGUGUACAAACAGACGACUCGGUACGUCAUUUGUUGCUGUACAGAUUCAACGAUGGAAUUAUUAUAUUUUAUUGUUUUGUUAGUUUGGUUUCCUGUAAACGGGUCUGUAAAUGUUAUGUACCACGUACGACAUAUUAUAUUAUAUAUAUUAAGUUGAAAAUGCAAUGUUAUGAAUUUUAAAGUUGGCUAUCUUAUAGUCAAAGAUGGAUCGUUUAGUUGAUUUUCUAUUAACGGUUAUUCGCAAUAUUGUAAAUGGUAAGAGGUAAAUACGAUGGUUACAAUGUCUUAGUGUUUAAACUCGAAAACAUUGAACAUUGUCUGUAAUUAUUAUAUUAACAUUAAUAAAUGCAAAAUAUUA